AUGGAGCUUUCUGAACUGAUAAUAUAUGAUGGGAAAUUGUUAACAUUUGAUGAUCGAUCAGGUAUGGUUUUUGAGAUUAUCAACAAUAAAAUGGUGCCAUGGGUGGUACUGCCAGAUGGGAACGGGCAUGUGGAGAAAGGAUUCAAGUCAGAGUGGGCUACAGUUAAAGAUGAGAUUCUAUAUGUUGGUUCAAUGGGUAAAGAGUGGACAACAGCAAGUGGAGAGUUUCAGAGUUAUGAUCCGAUGUGGGUAAAAGCUAUUAAUAUACAUGGAGAGGUGCAGCACUUAAUUUGGGUUAACCAAUUCAAAGCUGUAAGAAAUGCUAUCGGCAUUAAUUGGCCAGGUUAUAUGAUCCAUGAAUCUGGAGCUUGGUCUUCCAUUGCUCAGAAAUGGCACUUCUUACCACGUAGGUGUAGUCACGAGCCGUACAAUGAAACAAAGGACGAAGUGAUGGGUUGUAAUUAUUUAAUAACAGCUGAUAGUGAUUUCAAAAAUAUUAGAGCCAUUGAAAUUACCAAGCAUCAACCUAAACAUGGAUUCUCUUCAUUCAAGUUUAUACCUGGUUCGAAAGACGAAGCCAUAGUUGCUUUAAAAACUACAGAAUUUGAAGGGAAGACAGCAACCUACAUAAGUGCAUUUAAAACUGAUGGAACGGUAUUAAUGCAAGAUAUGUUCAUAGAAAGUACGAAAUAUGAGGGAUUGGAAUUCCUA